GAAACAAAAAACAAUUACGAACCAUUUAAUUGUAUUGGCCAUUCAUUUUUGUUAUUUAUUUUGUUUUGGAUUUUUGGUUUGUUUUGCGGCUGUUAUGUCGUCAAACGAAAUUAUUGGCCAACAUCAUAAUAAUCAUAAUCAUCACAAUGGCGAUUACAAUGUUGGUAAUCAUAAAUCACAUAAACAUCAUCAUCAUGAAUUGAUUGAAGAGGAUUCAAUCGAUGAAAUAGAUUGCCAGAUUCCAGAUAUCAAAGAGUUUGAUCCAAAAAUUCGUGAUCUACUCGAUGAUCUGAAUCGGUAUUCGACAAAAAUCAAUCAACUUGAACAAUGUUUUCAGGAAGAAAAUUCCCGUUUCCAUCGUGUUCUCAAUGAAAGUUCUGUUCAAUUGAACAAAACAUUGAAGAAAUGUGGCGAACGAAAUGUCUCUACCUCUAGACCUUAUUAUGAGGCCUUACAAAAAUUGAACGACCUUAAAAUAAAGUGCCAAACAGCAGCUCUAAAAUUUGAAAAAUUUAACGAACUUUAUAUGAAUGCCAAACAAGCCAUAUCAGAUGCCGAAUUAAUGUUUCAUAAAAAUAUCAAAGAAGAUGGCCAUUUUGAUCAAUAUUGGCAGGAAAAGCUUAAUAUUGCCAAUGCUAAGUUUAUGGAAGCUAAAUUAAAACGUGAAGAACAUGAACUAGAGCAUUUAAGUCUAAUGGCACAAAUUCGUUUACUCGAAUAUAAUGCAACAGAUUUGAAAACUAAAUAUAAAAGUUCAAUUAAACGAGCAAAAUCUUAUUUUGAUGAAGCCCAUAACAUUGAUUUGAAAUUGAAAAAGAUUCGUGAUGAUACAAAAUUGUUGGAAGAAGAAUUGGCCAAAUGUAAGAGCCAAUAUUCAACAACAUUAAAAAAUUUGGAAAACAUUUCGGAAGAAAUACAUGAAAAACGUGCCCAAUACAUUGCUAAAUCAUUAAAAAGAGAACCAGGUGUUGGCGCCGAAAUUAUUGAUCAAAAUUGCCUUGAAAUUGUCGAAAAUCUAGCCAAAAUUGAAUUGAAUCCAGAUGAAAAAAUUAUUGCCACUCAAACAACCGAUUGUCAUUCAUUAUCAACGUCGUCAUCAUUGUCAUCAACAUCAUCAUCAUCAUCAUCGUGAUUGAUCAAUCAAUGUGUAUGAACAAAAAUCAAUCCAUAAGCAUCAAUUUCAAUCAUACGCGUUUACAAAUCGAAUGCAUUUCAGAAUGUUAAAGGAAUUCAUCAUUCCAUAUAAUCAUCGAUCUCUAUUAUUGUUUUUUUCUUGUAAAAUCGAUAUUUUUUUGUAUAAAUUAUUAUUAUCUCUGUAUUA